CUCCCAAUUGUGGCUGCUUUCCCUGCAGGAAAUCAUUGGCUGAAAUGCAUCACUACUGUGACCAGUGAUUGUCUGAAUUAUCUCUUGAAAAACUGCAACUCCCAGUAUGCAUAGGCUGCAACCAUGAGAGGGUUAAAACACCUGCUGGCUCGUCAAUAGAAUGGCUGGGAAGGGAGCCAAACUCCUGGGAGGGAGGAGACACACGACACCGAGUAGAGGAGGAGGAGGGCGGCCGCGCCGAACAGACCCGGCUCUGUGUCAUUUCCACAUCUCUACAAGACGAGGAAGAGGACGCAUCCAACAAGUGACUGCCGGACACGGACAGGACGCGUUACUUGUAUCCGUCCAUGAAGAGCGGCGGAGCGGCUGCCGUCACCCCCCGUGCAGCACACUGCUCCCUGCCACACACCUGCUGCCCUCACCGUGCUCUCCCCAGGAUGGUGCAUGCAGCCCGGAGGGGUGUCAGUGCUGUCGCCUCCCUCUGCCCAGUCCUCAGCACCCGCCGCCGCACUCCGGUUAUGUCUGCGGGCUUGUGAGCCGGGGAAACUUUCCGCAGGAGCAGGAACUUCUCCACAGGGGCCAGCGGUACCGGAGCGGGGUGCUCACCUGUGCUUCCGCCCGGCCCCAUCAGACUUUACUCGGGAGCUGUUCACACUGUCAGGAGCGAGUGUUAUCGAUCAGUUAUUGACUGCUCAGGGCUGAGCUUUACUCUCCAGGAAGAGGAGGACAGGGUUAAAGAGGAGGGAGGAGGAGGAGGAGGUGAAGGAUGAUGCUGCGGUUCCUACGGAGGACCUUUGGUCGGCGGUCGAUGCAGCGGCACGGAGGGAGAAGCGCAGUGGCGUUGCACGGGGCUGGUGUCCGCGAUGAGAGGGAUGGGGGCGCUAUGGUGAUGAGGGCUGCAGCCGGCCCCUCCGCUGCCUCCCCUGCCGGAGCGCUCUACCCGCACCAGCCCCUCCUGCCGCCCCCUGUGGUCAGUGGAGGAGCCGCAGUGCACAUCCCUGCGGCCGGGGACAGCAAGUCCGUGUUGACCUGUAAGGUGUUGCUGCUGGACGGCACGGACAUCAAUGUGGAUCUGCCGAAACAAGCCAAAGGGCAGGAUUUGUUUGACCAGAUUGUAUACCAUUUGGAUUUGGUGGAAACUGAUUAUUUUGGACUACAGUAUAUGGAUGCUGCCCAAGUGUCGCAUUGGCUGGACCAUUCAAAACUUAUUAAGAAACAAGUAAAAAUUGGCCCUCCAUAUACGUUGCACUUUCGAAUUAAAUAUUACUCCUCAGAACCAAACAAUCUACAUGAAGAGUUUACAAGGUACUUAUUUGUAUUACAGCUUAGACAAGACAUUCUAUCAGGAAAAUUAAAAUGUCCUUAUGAAACUGCUGUAGAGUUGGCAGCUUUGUGCUUGCAAGCUGAGCUUGGUGAGUGUGAACAUCCAGAACACUCACCAGAAUUGGUGUCAGAAUUCAGAUUCAUUCCAAACCAGACUGAAGCUAUGGAGCUUGAUAUCUAUCAGAAGUGGACAGACUGCAGGGGGAAAACACCAGCACAGGCAGAACUCUGUUACCUAAAUAAAGCUAAAUGGCUAGACAUGUAUGGCGUGGAUAUGCAUGUUGUAAAGGGUAAAGAUGGCUGUGAUUAUGCACUUGGACUUACCCCUACAGGAAUAUUAAUAUUUGAAGGUUCGAACAAGAUAGGCUUAUUUUUCUGGCCUAAAAUCACCAAAAUGGACUUUAGAAAAAGCAAGUUAACCCUUGUAGUUGUGGAGGAUGAUGAGCAGGGUAGAGAACAAGAGCAUACAUUUGUUUUCCGCUUGGAUAACUCCAAAGCAUGUAAACAUUUGUGGAAGUGUGCAGUGGAGCAUCAUGCAUUUUUCAGGCUGAGAACUCCAGCAAAUACAAAACCAGCUCGGUCUGAGUUUAUAAGAUUGGGAUCAAGGUUCCGAUUUAGUGGGAGGACAGAGUACCAGGCUACCCAUGCUGGUAGAUUAAGAAGAACAAGCACAUUUGAAAGGAGACCUAGCAAGCGAUAUCCAUCACGAAGACAUUCUACCUAUAAAGCUAGCAACCCUAUGAAGCCUCAUCAUCUUAGCACUAGAAAUACUCCUGAAGUUCAGAACUACCAGCAACAGUACCUUCCAAAUAUUCAACAUAGCCAGCAGCAUUGGCACCCUCAUACUUCCCCAAAUAUCAGGCCAUCUUCUCAUGAUGACAGGGCAUUUUGGAAACCAGCCUCAAGUGGAGAUGGCAGAAACAUUCGGUACAUCCAAGAUCAAAACCAAAGGAAUUUGGGAGGCAUUCAAAGCAUUCUUUAUCAAGACAAACUCAUGACCACUCUAUGAGAUCCAUUUGAUUAACUUCAACCAUCAUCAAAUAUCCAUUGCAUUCAUGAACUCAUCUGUCUGUCAUCAUCUGAAUCCAAGUAUUGUGUAAAGUACAGAUCUUAUAGUGCUUGAAUUGUUCAAACUAAUCUCUCAGGUAGCAAAAUCAAUUUUUUUUUUAGCUGUAUGGAUUUCACAAAAUUUGUUUAAUAGGAAAGAAUGUUUAAAUUUGUGUUGGCAUACUGCAUUUCAAUAGGUAGUGCAUUUGUAAAGACCAGCUAUGUGUAUAUUAGGGCCACAAUGCUGUAGUUAAUCACAAUAUGUAUUUAUUAUUUUAUUUCUGUUGCUUUAUAAAAAUGUAUAGAGUCUGGUGGUCCUUCAAUCUACAUAUAGUAAAGUAAUAAGUUGAACAUGAUAAUUGUUGUUAAAAAUAAAAUCCAGAAAUUGAUCUCUAUUGAACAUUGGGGUAAGUACUGUGCUCUUAUGACUUAUUUUAACUAGGCCAAUGUUUUGACUUGUAUGUGCUAAGACAGAGAUGAAGAGAAAUGAGCUGUAAAACAUUGUAGAACUCAAAUGUACUUUAAUAAUAGGAUAUUGGACAGCUUGAGAUCCAAUUUUAAAAGGAGGAUUCUGUAGCUCUGUAAUAUGUGCCCUAAUGCUUUAUUCAUUUUAAUGUAAUCUAAUAUCAAAUUUAAAGGGUUUUUUUUUCCAUUCCACUAGGAUCCCUGCCAGUCCUGAGAACUCUGUAAACUUGUAGCCUCAAAUAAAUGAACUACAGAUGAUCGAAGUUCGGCAGUUUCUGACUUUAGC